CUUUUUUCUGCAUUUCAAAAUAAAUUUCUGUUGGAUUUGAAAUUUAUCGAGGGGGACGAUAAAGUUCAGUCACAGUGGCCCCUUUGACUACAGACAACAUAAAAUUUCAAUACUUUAUCUUAUAAAUCAACCCAUUUUUUGAUUUUUAUUGCUUUCUUGUUUUUCUAAUCUCAUCUUCUUCUUCUUCUAGUUGUGUUCUUUUCUUUUAACUUCUUCUUGUUCAACUUUUUAUUCUUUUCAAGAAUCUUUUUUUUCUGUUUUUAAGAUUUUAAGAAAAAACUUGUUGUCUUUGCUUUGAUUAAAGAACUAAAACUAGUGUUUUGUUAGUUGGUUCUUAAAGAAAAUGAAUGCUUCCAAGUUCAUUAAAUGUGUUACAGUUGGAGAUGGUGCUGUUGGCAAAACUUGUAUGCUCAUUUGUUACACUAGUAACAAGUUCCCCACUGAUUACAUACCAACUGUGUUUGAUAAUUUCAGUGCUAAUGUGUCUGUGGAUGGGAAUAUUGUUAAUUUGGGAUUAUGGGAUACUGCAGGUCAGGAGGAUUAUAGCAGGCUGAGGCCAUUGAGCUACAGAGGUGCAGACAUAUUUGUGUUAGCUUUUUCAUUAAUUAGCAGGGCAAGUUAUGAAAAUGUUCUUAAGAAGUGGAUGCCUGAACUUCGACGCUUUGCUCCAAAUGUUCCAAUUGUUCUUGUUGGAACUAAAUUAGAUCUUCGCGAAGACGGGAGAUUUUUAGCUGAUCAUAUGAAUUCUAAUGUUAUAACAUAUGCACAAGGAGAAGAACUAAGGAAACAGAUUGGUGCAGCAGCAUAUAUUGAGUGUAGCUCUAAGACACAACAGAAUGUGAAAGCUGUUUUUGAUACUGCAAUCAAAGCUGUUCUUCAACCUCCAAGGAGGAAGGAGAUGACAAGGAAGAAAAGGCCUCGCAGUUCUGGUCGCGCAAUUGCGAGCAUCAUGUGUGGCGGUUGUGUUGCUUAGGGCUCAAGCAACAGCAAACAGAGAGACGGAUAGCUCGGUGGUCAACUUUUGACUUGAUGGAUCAGUUGUUUUGCAAAUGUUUUUGAGUGUUCAUCAAGUGCUGAUUCCUGAUAAAUCGGUUACGCUUUUAAAUUUAUAUUCUUUUUGAUUGCAAUUUAGCAGCAGUAACCAGGUGAAUCAGAAGAAGCUUAGUAGGAAUUGUUCAUUCUCUCUUCAAAUGUUUUGUUAAUGAAGUAAAAUGAGUUCCAGUUUGUUGUAGUUGUUGAAGUGUAACUUGUUUUGCUUCUUGUUGCUAAUACUAUAAAUAUAAAUUACUUAACCUUUUCAAGAA